AUGUCGUUCGCCAACAAGCUACAAGAGAAAAACUAUGAGAUCAACGAGGACCUCGCAGUGCAGCAGGACGUGUCGUCGCUGCACUCGAUCGAGCACACGGAGAAUUUAAAUAGGAGCCUCAGCACGCGAGUAAUCAACAUGAUCACCAUUGCCGGUGUCAUUGGCACGGGUCUAUUUUUGGGAACGGGCAAGAUGUUGGCGCAAGGUGGCCCCCUCAGUCUCGUGUUGAACUAUUUGAUCGUGGGUCUCCUUGUGCUAUGCAUGAUGUUUUCAUUGGGAGAAAUGUCAGCUCAGUUCCCCGUUAGUGGAUCAUUUACAACCUAUGCUAAGCGAUUCGGGAAUGACUCGCUUGGCUUUGCCAUCUUGAUCAAUUACUGGUUCAAUGACUGUUGCAGUGUCGCAGCUGACUUGACGGCGUUGCAGAUGGUGAUUCAGUACUGGACCGAUUUCCAUUGGUAUGUCAUUUCGAUCAUUUUUUGGGUCUUUUUAUUGGUGUUGAAUGUGAUCCACGUGAGACUCUACGGCGAGGCAGAGUACUGGUUGGCUCUUUUAAAAGUUGUCACCAUCAUAAUUUUUUUCAUCAUUAGCAUCAUCUGCAACGCCGGUGUCAACAAGGCUCACGAGUACAUUGGAUUCAAGUAUUGGAGCUAUGGCGAUGCCCCGUUCGUCCACGGUUUCCGCGGCUUUAGCACUUUGUUUGUCACUACUGCUUACGCCUACGGCGGCUUAGAGAGCGUCUCGCUCACAAGCGGCGAAACCAAAAACCCAUCAAAGACCGUCCCCAAAACAGUCAAAGCCACACUUUUGAGAAUUAUCCUCUUUUACGUGUUUACGGCGUUUUUCAUUGGCAUGAACGUGCCAUACGAUUACCCCAACUUGCUGACGAAAACAGUUUCCACGUCGCCAUUCACCAUUGUGUUUCAACAGGUGGGCAGUAAAGGAGGCGGCACUUUUAUGAACUUGGUGGUGCUCUUGUCCAUUAUCUCAGCGGGCAACCAUGCGUUGUUCGCCGGUUCGAGACUAGCUUAUAACUUGAGCACCCAGGGGUACAUCCCCAAGAUUUUUUUACCUUUGAACCGAUUCCAAAUCCCCUAUGUCGCGGUGAUUGUCACGUGGCUCAUUGGUGGAUUGUGCUUUGCCUCGGCUUUUGUAGGCAGUGGGGAAUUGUGGGAUUGGUUGCAGUCGAUAGUCGGUCUUUCCAACUUGAUUGCAUGGUGGGUGAUUGGCGUUGUCUCGCUCAGGUUUAGAGCAGGGUUGGCGAAACAGGGAAGAACGGAUGAGCUUAUAUUCAGGAACCGAUUGUACCCAGUGGGGCCCUGGUUUGUGGUGAUCUUUGGCGGAUUCAUUAUCUUGGUGCAGGGCUGGUCGACAUUCAGCCCGUUUGCAGUAGAGGAUUUCUUCAAGUCUUAUUUGGAGUUGGGUAUUUUUCCCUUGUGUUUCUUGUUUUGGUUCUUUGUCGUCAAGAGAACUAAGGACCCAUUUGUGAGUGCACCGGAUAUGGAUUUCGAUACGGAUCGAUAUGUAUCAACGGAGGAAGAUUUGGAGCAAGAAAAGCAUGCUGCUUCAUUAACCGGGUUUGCCAAGUUUAAGCAUAAUUUUGUGGAAAACUUUUUGUAG